AUGCCGCAGAUCAUCUACACCUCGGACCACCCGGUGCCCCCUCUCCCUGAGGUGGGCCUGUUCAACUACCUGUUCCCCGAGAAGCCUGGCGACAGCCCUCUGCAGCAGUUUGACCCCUCUAUCCCUGCGUUCAUCGACGGUGCCACAGACCGUACCGUGACCCGUGGCGAGCUCAAGGAGACGUCGCUGCGUCUCGCGACGGGCAUCCGUGCACUCGGGCUCAAGCGUGGCGAUGUCGCGUGUCUGUGGGGCCUCAACUCGAUCGAGUGGGCCCUGGCCGCGUAUGGGUGUAUGGCGGCCGGGUUGACUGUGUCGCCUGCAAACUAUGCCUACGGCCCUCCCGAAGUGGCGCACCAGGUGAACAAUUCCGGCACGCAGGUCAUCUUCAUCGAGCCCUCCCUCCUGCCGACGUUUGACGCGGCGCGUCCCCUUCUCAAGCGCCAGUUCCCGGCGUCGCGGGUCAUCCUUCUCUGCGAGCCCAAGGACAAGCCCUUCCCCAGCCAGUACAAGGCCCUGGGGGAGAUUAUGGGCCAGCCAGGCAAGGCGGCGCGCUUCGACGGCAAGGACUCGCGCAUGACCGCUUGGCUGUGCUACUCGUCUGGCACGACCGGCCUGCCCAAGGGUGUCAUGACCUCGCACCACAACAUGACGUCGCAGCUGCAGGCUGUCAAUGUCGCGUACCAGAACCUCAAGUCUGGCGAGGACGUCGUCCUGGGUAUUUUGCCGUUUAGUCACAUUUACGGUCUGACCGUUGUUCUUCUCCAGCCGACGACUGUCGGCGUUCCCGUGGUCAUCCUCCCAAGGUUUGAGGAAAUUGCCGUGCUCAGCGCCAUUGAGAAGUACCGCAUCACGCACGGCCUCAUUGUCCCGCCCGUGGUUAUUGUCCUGCUCCACUCGAAGAACGUGGCCAAGUACGACCUCUCGUCCGUCAAGACGUUCAUGUCCGGCGCGGCCCCGCUCUCGGCUGAAGUGACUGAACAGUUCAACAAGCGCAUCCCGCAUAUCGCCCUCACCCAGGGCUACGGCAUGACCGAGACGAGCCCCGUCAGCCACUGCACGACUGGCGACGAGAACGUCGAGCCCGGAUGGGUCGGGCGUAUCCUGCCCACGUUUGAGGCUCGCCUGGUUAAAGAGGACGGCGAGGACGCAAAGGAAGGCGAGCGCGGCGAGAUCUGGAUGCGCGGUCCCAGUGUCAUGAUGGGCUACCACGACAACCCAGAGGCAACGGCCAAGACGAUGGACGGCGACUGGCUCAAGACGGGCGACGUGCUCAUCAGGCGCGAUGACGGACAUUACAAGGUGGUCGACCGCGUCAAGGAACUCAUCAAGUACAAGGGCUUCCAGGUCCCGCCCGCCGAGCUCGAGUCCCUCCUCCUGCAACACCCGCAGGUCGUCGACUCCGGCGUCAUUGGCAUCUGGGACGACUCGCAGGCCACAGAGCUUCCCCGCGCGUACAUUGUCGCCAGCGCAGACACGACUGACAAGGACUCGCUCGCAAAGGAGGUGGCGACAUGGGUCGCCUCAAAGGUCGCAAACCACAAGCGACUCCGUGGCGGCGUCAUUGUCAUUGACGCCAUCCCCAAGAGCCCCUCGGGCAAGAUUCUGCGCAAGGACCUGAGGGAGCAAGCCAAGAAGGAGCCCGCGCCUGUCCGAGCUGCCAAGUUGUAA